CUUUUAGUAUGAUGAUGUGUGCUUUGGUACCUUCACAGCAGUUAGUCCGUUAUGCUGCUUUUACGACAACAGGAAUGCAUACAGGUGCUUUCAUUACUUACGGCCUGGCGGGUAUUAUAUGCAGCACAGGUUUCCUUGGUUGGGAGUAUGUUUUCUAUAUUAGCGGAGCAUCUGGAGUUGUAUGGUGUAUUUUCUGGUUUUAUUUGCAAUGGGACCAUAAUUUUAGGUCGGCAUUCAAAAUACCAAUAUUCAUUCAAGAAGAUGUUAAGAAGCAUAGAAAACUUCCUAUUGCUUCAAUUCUCAAAUCUUAUCCAGUAUGGGCGUAUAUAGUUGUUGGAGUGGCUUCCUAUUGGUCCUACAGCUUCAAUAUUUUGAUGCUGCCCAUGUACUUCAGAACUGCUUUCGAAAUCGAAACCGAGUGGAAUGGGCUGGCUUCAUCUUAUCCAAAUCUUCUACAGGCUUUUACAUUUCUCCUCAGCAGCUUAAUGUCAGAUCGCCUUUUAGAGAAAAAGGUUGUACGAAAGAUUUCUGUUAGAAAAUUUUGCGUUGCAACAGGUUUAUCUUUAGCCGCUACUUUCAUGGUACUUUUGACCUUCAUUCUUUGUAGCCGAGCAUUAAGUACUUUGGUGAUGGUAUUUGCAUUAGGCAGCUUAGGACCUACACUUACAGCUUUAGUAAACAUUCCAGUAGAUUUAUCACCUCGUUAUUCAGGUAUCUUAUCUGGAAUUAUGAAUACCUUAGGAGCACUAACAGGAUCGCUUUUGCCUUUUAUGGUUGGGUACUUCUCAAAAUCAUCGGAUGGCAUGGAACUCUGGGGAAAAGUCUUUUAUGCCACAUGUUUCAUAAGUUUUAUCGCUGUAAUUAUUUUCCUUGCUUAUGGGUCUGCCCAGAUUCAACCUUGGGACAAUCUAAUAGAUGCAAAUCCGAGCAAUGUUCCGAAUGAAUCUGAAAGCUUAGAAGCACUUCCACCAGCCAACUGGUCUAAUGAAAGUUUGCUGUCUUCUUUGCCCGAACAGCCUCUUAAAAAAGAAGAAAGGUCUACAUCGAAGAUACCUGAAAACAUUUUUAAAGCUGACUUUGGCAAUAUAAAAAAAUAUUAACUUUCAAAAUUGAUAUUGCUUCCAUCCAAUGUUGUGGUGAACAUUCGAAAUUUCUAUAUAUGCCCGUCUCAAUAUUAUCGAGUAGACAGUGUCAAUGAAUAAUAUGUCACGAUACAGAAGAGAAAAGGAAGCAAAAGUUUUUUAUCCUUGCAAAUAUUUAAACUCCUAUACCCUUUGUAAGUAUAUUACAUUAAUUUUAGUUAAUUGACUUAUCACUACACACCGAAAACAGUUUGUUUUCUAAAUAUAAAAUUUAAUUCGUAUUAGUAUUAUUUACAGUUCAUAUCUCUUCGGUAAGUAUCCCCAAAUCUUACUUAUAGAGGGUUUCUCUCAAAGUUUUACAUGAAUGCGUAGAAAAUGACUAGAAGCUUUCUUUAAGUAUUGACCCUACACAUACACUUCCGAUUUCAGAGUCUUAUAAAAUAUAGUAGAGAAUUCUGUGAAAAGUUUCAGCAUUGUGAGUGCAUUGUUUCUGAAAAAAUAAAAUUUUAAUUUUUAUGUGGUCCUCACUGACAAAGAUUACUUUACUAAAUUUCUGUUAAUAAAACAAUCUUUCUGCUUCCAUCAGUUGAAAACAAAAGGUACCAUGACGUUAAGGGCAAAAUUCUAUCAGGUGCGUGUUUAAUAAGUAAGCCUACCCUUCUCGAAAAAAAUAAGAUGUCAAUUAUAUAUUGAACAUUGAAUGGUGAUUUGUCCAGGACGAAAAAGUAUCAAUUAAACGAGAAUUUUUUGUUCAUUAUUGUUUCUUUAAUUUGCUCUAAAACAUCUUAAAUUAUGUACACUCUUAGA